AAAUCCAACGCAAACCCAUCCUCUGAAUUAGCACUACUUUGGCAAAAUAUCCCCAUUACUUUCUGCAGAACUUUCAUCAAAUUCAUCAAGAACUCAUGGGUUCAGAAACUUUCGUAGAAGUAAUUCUGGCAAUACUUCUACCUCCUGUUGGGGUCUUCCUCCGCUAUGGCUGUGAAGUGGAGUUUUGGAUAGAUUUGCUGCUGACAAUAUUGGGAUACAUUCCGGGAAUCAUAUAUGCCCUUUAUGUGUUGGUAGGAUAGCAUGACAUCCUGCAUGGUUGAUGCAGUACCAGAAGAUCAUAUAUGUGACAUGAUCUGCUAUUUUGGACGUGAUUGAUCGAUGUUUUCUAGGACUAGGAGCAGUCUAUGCAGGAUGUUCUGAGAGUGGCUUUGAUCUCUUUCAAAUCAUGUACUGUUGUUUGUUUACAAUAAGUGUACUUGAGUCAUGGAAGUGUUUAUAUUCUUUCAGUACUCGUUUAGUACCCAUAUAUGUCUUCUGUGUAGUUUGAUUAAAGGAACUACGUAUGGAAAUGGAAAUGGAAAUUGACUCUGAAAACAUGUUCUAUAUA